AUGGACGCUCAGUCUGCGCGAACCGACAACCCGGAGCAGCUGAUCGAGGUGUUCAAAGCAGCCGCCCUCUCCGUGACAAAACUAUACAAAAGCUCGGUCGCAGCGGAGACAAGGGCCAGGUCAGAAGGGUAUCAGGAGUGUCUCGAUGAUCUUCUUGGAUUUCUGGACCGAGACGGACAUCAGUUAGCCGGCGGGCUACCAAAACUGAGAAGAUGGAUAGCAGAGAGGAGAGAGGGGGGCGAUGUGACUUUGCCAACUUCUGAGAGCGAGGACGAGGUCGAAAAGGCAGAAACAACUCCUUCAAACAACAGCACCAGUGCCAGCGCCAAUAGCACUACUCACACUGGAAUUGCCUCGAACCAGGCGCCAACACGAGCGGCCAGCAUCGACCCCGCUCCUGUCGAAGUUGUCCCCAUUCCCAACGAAUCUCAUCGCUUCAUCGUCCCCUCACAAGAAAGCUUCACCUUUACAUCAGACCAUCAAUAUCCCAACAUAGCGACUCUUGAUUUAUCGGACGGGCGAUCACGAACUGCCAUGUCACAUCAUUCCUCAAGGCAGUCAAGGAACCGCAGUGCUACGAGAAAUGCCUUGAGAGUGUCAAACCAACUGGGCCGAGGUGCCGGUACUAAGCGACGGAUGGACUUUGACGACUUCUUUGGCGGUUGCUUUGGCGGGAAAGAUACCUUCGGAAAUGGGCCAAAGAGACGGCACAUGUAG